AAAAAAAAAAAAAAACACAUAUACUCAUUGUUUAUUUAUUUAUUAUUUAAUUUAAGCAUGUAAUUAAAUUACGGCCCCAACCCACCAUCUCCAACGCGGAGCCAUGAAUCGUGCGGAGCUCCAACCCUAGCUUUUAUUGGCGAGGCUACCCCUCUCCUUCCCUGCUUCUUCUUCUUCCUCCUCCUCCCUCUCCCUCCCCCCAACCUCAAUCGAUCUCUCCUGCUUCUCCUCACGGAGCUGUAUUUGGGGGCCCUUUUCGAUCGAGAAGAGGAAAAAAGGAGGGGCUUUUGAGGUUGGGGGGGAGAUUUUUGGGGGGAUUUUUGGGAGUUGGGGGUUUUGGAGAGGGGAUGUGGAGGGAUAGCGGAGCUCCGACGGAUUCGUUCUACGCUGUUCGGCCCGAGUGCGCCGAUGUCCCCAAGACCAAGUUUAAGAUCAAGGCUGGGAAAACACUGAGCGCACGCAGAUGGCAAGCAGCAUUCAGCCCCGAAGGUCAUUUGGAUAUUGGCUCCGUCCUUGGCCGAAUACAGCGAGGAGGUGUUCAUCCUUCAAUUAGAGGAGAGGUUUGGGAGUUUUUACUUGGCUGUUUUGAGCCUAAGAGUACCUUUGACGAGCGAGAGCAGCUGAGACAAAAGCGGAGAGUGCAAUACGCGAGAUGGAAGGAAGAAUGCAAGGAAAUGGAUUCUCAUGUUGGUAGCGGCAGAAUAAUUACGGCUCCAAUUAUUACCGAAGAUGGUGAACCCAUUCAAGACCCCUUGGUUCUCCUUGAAGCCAAUCCUGACCAAGUUAACUCAAAUGAUUCUGUGAGUUCCAGCAAUGAGACAAGAGAGAACUGGGAAAGUUUUGGAGGUCAUGUACAAUUGGAUAGGCUAGUUAUUGAUUGGAAGCUUACUCUACAUCAAAUUGGUCUUGAUGUGCUACGUACCGACAGGACACUAGAGUUCUAUGAGAAUAAAGAAAACCUCUCAAAGCUUUGGGAUAUUCUGGCUGUUUAUGCCUGGAUUGACAAAGAUGUUGGCUACUGUCAAGGAAUGAGUGACCUUUGCUCCCCGAUGAUAGUGCUCCUUGAUGAUGAAGCGGAUGCCUUUUGGUGCUUUGAACGCUUGAUGCGCAGACUGCGAGGAAAUUUCAGAUGCACAGAGAAAUCUGUUGGGGUGGAGAACCAACUUCAGAGCUUGGCAUCUAUUACUCAAGUUCUUGACCCAAAGCUUCAUCAGCACCUAGAAACACUAGGUGGAGGUGAUUAUCUCUUUGCAUUCCGUAUGUUUAUGGUGCUUUUUCGUCGAGAGUUAUCAUUUGGAGACUCCUUGUACCUUUGGGAGAUGAUGUGGGCUCUAGAAUAUGAUCCUGAUAUCUACUACAUGUAUGAAGACCCAGGAAUUAUUACUGAGAAAAAUGAGGGGUCUAAAGGCAAAGUGAAGUCAACACGCCAGCUUGGAAAAUAUGAGAGGGAGAAUAUGAAGAACGGGGCAAAGAGUUCUGACGCCCCCCUCCCUAUUUCAGUUUUUCUUGUUGCUAGUGUACUCAAGGACAAGAGUGCAAAGUUAAUGACGGAAGCACGCGGCCUGGACGAUGUUGUUAAAAUUUUGAAUGACAUAUCUGGAACCUUAGAUGCAAAAAAAGCUUGCAUUGGUGCCAUGAAACUUCAUAAGAAGUACCUAAAAAAAGCCAAGAAGCCCUAGUAUUCUAUUGUUGUUUCGCAAUAUUAAUCGAUCUACUAUCAGUGGAAUAAAAAAUGCAUGCUCAUUUGCUCGACGAUUUUCCCUGAAGGUGUUUCCGUGUAUACGUCCAUGUAUUUCGCGUGGAUCAUACUUGUUGUUGAGUGCACAAUUGUAUGAUUCUUAUCAAUAUUUGCCAAUAUUCAUAUUUGUUAUAUUCAUUCUAUAUAAAGCGAUUGAACAGUCAUGAUGACAUUAAAUACUUGAAAAGUAAUGUAUUAUUAAACACUCCUUAUUUUCAAUAAGAGUUGAAAAUAUAUUGUGAAUC